CAUUUGCUUCCGUUGUGCAUCUUAAAAUACUCAGUUUUGUUGCUUGGGAUUUGCAAAUGGCGGCUCUAAACUGCAACAGUUUCUACCAUCGCCCUGAGGCCUAGUUCUCCCCCUGCGUGUGGGGUUAACAGUUCAUCAAUCACAUUUCUGACUCCAAGGUCAUAGAAAAAUACUCAAAGACCAUUGAAGUGCUGAAAAAUGAAGUGAGAAGUAUGCUAUUAGCUCCAGAAACCAAAAUGAUAGACACCAUGAAUCUCAUCAACACAAUCGAGCGCCUAGGCGUUUCGUACCAUUUUGAAGAUGAGAUCGAAGAGAAACUGCAACAAUAUUUCCAUCUCAAUACGAAUUAUCACGAUGAUGAAGCCUAUGAUUUGUACACAGUUGCUCUCCAUUUUCGAUUGUUCAGGCAGCAUGGCUAUCCUAUAUCUACUGAAAUAUUUGGUAAAUGGAGUGAUGCCAAGGGGAAAUUCAAAGAGAGCAUAAAGAGCGACGCGAAGGGUUUGCUGAGUUUGUAUGAAGCUUCGUACCUUAGAACUCGCGCAGAAACCAUACUAGACGACGUGCUUGCUUUUACUACGGCCACUCUUAAAUCCAUGAUGCCAAACCUCGGAUCAACCCUUAAGAAGCAAGUUGAGCGUGCCCUAGUGCAGCCCUUGCACUUCGGGAUUCCUAGGCUUGAAGCACGUAGUUACAUCGCGGUGCAUGAAGAAGAAGAAGUGCACAAAAACGAAACCCUAAUCAAGUUUGCCAAAUUAGACUAUAACCUAUUGCAGAUGCUAUACAAAGAGGAGCUCCGGCAAGUCUCAAGGUGGUGGAGAGAAUUAGGGCUUAUGUCGAAACUUCCUUGUGCAAGGGAUAGGAUAGUGGAGUGUUUCUUUUGGGCUGUGGCAGUGCACCAUGAGCCACAAUAUUCCCGUGCUCGUGCCAUUAUCGCCAAGAGCAUUGCUAUCGUAUCUAUAAUAGACGACACAUACGAUGCAUAUGGUACAAUUGAGGAACUCGAGGUUUUCACCGAGGCAAUGCAAUGGUGGGAUUUCGGAGAAAUAUGUCGACUCCCUGAGUACAUGAGACCUCUCUAUAAAGCUAUCUUGGAAGUCUACAUUCAAUUCGAGGGGGAAUUAGCUAAGGAAGGACGAUCCUAUGCGUCAUACUAUACCAUAGAAGGACUAAAGGAAUUGGCGAGGUGCUACUAUGAAGAGGCAAAGUGGUUCUUAGAGGGUAACUUGCCCACAUUUGAGGAAUACCUAAAGAAUGGUCUCAUUACGAGCACCUUCGGUUAUCUGGUACCCUCUUGUUUUAUGGGAAUAGGAUUUGCUCGAAAGGAAGACUUCGAGUGGCUAAGCAAGAAGCCUAAGAUACUUGUCGCCGCAUUCACAAUAGGUUGCUUAGUUGGCGACGUUGGCUCUUAUGAGACUGAGAUGGAGAGAGAUCAACUUGCUAUUGGGGUUGAAAGCUACAUCAAAGAUAAUGGUGUGACAAAAGAAGAGGCCAUGGCAAAAUUUAUGGAAUUAUCUACGAAUGCAUUUCUAGAUACCAACGAGGAGAUGCUAAGGCCGACUUGUUAUAAAUCUAGGGAUCUUCUUACGUUUAUCCUCAAUUUCGAACGCUUAACAUAUGUCACUUACAAAGACAAAGAAGAUGGUUACACUCAUUCUGAAAAAGGUUUGAAGCCUCUUAUUGUAGCAACGUUGAUCGAUGCAUUUGAGGUUUAG